UCGCUCGGUGGUACAAGUGCACCGAGCGCAAUGUUAUUAAUCGCUAGAUUAUUUAUUCAGUAAGUCUAUCUUUGAACGACAGUGGACUACCCCUGUCGACAUAAAGCCAGUAUCUCACUCCGAGCUCCCUAUACGAGCCGAUCUAAUAUGGUGUUGCUCAGUCACCAAACGUAGUGUGAUGUCUAUGCUAGAUCGCGGCAGCUUCUGAGAUUUCGACGAUUUACGUAACGGAUAGUUGUGCCGACGGUAGUAGUGGCCGAAGAUUACGCUUCAGGAGUUCAACAAAUAGCUUUUUUAUCGGGCGAAGUAACCUAUUUGAGCCGAAUUGAGCUCUAUCACUUGAGAUAACGCGUCUCGGACAGUUGGUAAUAGCCCAAUUGUGGACAUACAGCGAGUAUCGUUAUCACAAUAUUUUUUUUUUUCGAAAAUCGCCUGUCGUUCAUAUCAACAUUCGGUACACUGCCGGUUAAAUCAAUAGUGUGAGCUAAACUAGUUGAUUUCUAAACACUGCUUACCUUGUCAAAAUGCCGGCCCCAAAGGUGGCAAUCCUUGGAGGGGGUGCUUCAGGUAUCACUGCUAUAAAGUGCUGCGUCGAAGAAGGAUUGGACGUUGUCUGCUACGAGCGCAGCUCAGACAUAGGUGGACUCUGGAGGUACACAGACGAACCCGAGUUCGGCCGUGGGGGCGUCAUGAAAAGUACGAUCAUCAAUUCCUCCAAGGAAAUCUCCUCAUUCAGUGACUUCCCUCCACCAGCAGAGUUCCCCAAUUAUAUGCACAAUUCAAAGAUGAUUCAGUACCUGGAGCAAUAUGCAGAUAAAUUUGGAAUUAGGUCUUACAUUCGCAUGAGACACGAGGUUAUGCAUGUGGCACCCACUGAAGAUUACAAUGAAACCCACCGCUGGAUUGUGCAGGUGAAGAACCUUGAAUCUGGCGAAGAAAGUGAGGAUGUGUUUGACGGCGUCAUGGUGUGCACAGGUCAUCAUACGUACCCGCAGAUGCCGAUCUUCCCUGAUCAGGAGAAGUUCAAGGGUCGAAUUAUUCACACACAUGAUUACAAAAGGCCAAACGGGUUUGAGGACAAGCGGGUCUGUGUUGUCGGCGUAGGAAACUCCGGCGGAGAUGCCGCUGUUGAACUCAGCUCCGUAGCUGACCAGGUCUAUUUGUCCACCCGCCGUGGAGCCUGGAUCGUCCGUCGAGUCGGUAAAUACGGGCGACCAUUCGACAUUUCAGUAAUGACACGGUUGAGCAAUAUUCUUUUCCAUUUGUUGCCCUAUAAUCUUUUGUGCUGGAUCUGCGAACAGAAGACGGAAGCCAUCUUCGAUCAUGAAUUAUACAACUUAAAGCCCACUCACAGGAUUUUUGCCCAGCAUAUAAUGGUGAACGAUGCACUGCCCAAUCGUAUUCUUAGCGGAACUGUCGUUGUCAAGGGCAACAUUAAACGCUUCACUGAGAAUGGAAUCGUUUUUGAGGGGGAAAGCAAAGAAACUGCAGUAGACGACGUGAUUCUGGCCACAGGGUACCAAAUUAAAUUUCCUUUCUUCGACGAAAAUUUAGUGGCCUGCGAAGAUAAUCGCAUUGAUUUGUAUAAGAUGGUCUUCGAUCCCAAUCAUCCGACCUUGGCAUUUAUCGGAAUGGCACAGCCCGUCGGUCCGUUAAUGCCAAUUUCUGAACUUCAGUCGCGUUGGGUCGCCCGUUUGUUUGCUGGUAAACAAAGACUUCCUUCGAAAUCGGUUAUGUACAAAGACAUUCAGGCCUACCAGAAGAAUAUUCGCGCUCGCUACUUCGAGGGUCCACGUAACACAAUUGAAAUCGAUUGGAUACCGUACAUGGACGAGCUGGCCACGAUAGUGGGCGUCAAACCCAAUCUAUACAAGUUGCUUGUCACUGACUUCCAGCUUUGGACUACACUUAUGUUUGGGCCCGUUCUUCCGUACCAGUACCGCCUGGAAGGUCCAGGCAAAUGGUCGAAAGCUCGGGAAGCUUUGCUCACAGCUGAAGAACGUAUUUCAGCGGCAUUACAGACCCGAAAAGUGCCCAUAGCAAAGGGUAAGCCUGGCAAUGCGCUUGUCGAGCUCAUAAUGAUGUUCUUGCGCGCGAUUUUCUCAAUGAUUUUCAUCAUUUUCAUAGGCGCUUUCACUAUGAUGACCUGAACACAGUUAGCGCAGAUAAGAUAGCAACGCAUUUGUUGCGUGGAGUCUGUUUGCUGUCUAUGAAUCGAUCGUAUGAUAUGAUACAUACACCUUGAGAUUAGAUAGAUUAGAAACUAAUUAUACACGAUUGGACACAUUGUCGUUCACUAACCGUUCCUUGCGCUAGCUUGAAAUCUGUGAAAAAAACUACCUGCUACUAAAGUGAAAACCUCAUAAAUAUAGAAUAUUUAAAGUGGUAUACAUACAUCUAUCAACAGGCAGCUUAACACAAAGCGUUACCUAAAAAUGACACAUCAUUUAAGAAAAUGGCCUUAUAAUAUUUAUCAUCAAGCUGCCUGAUUCAAAUCGGUGGGAGCAGACGAUGCAAAAUCGCCUAUCUAUGAAGUAUUCUGAGUGUUGCUUAAAAGCGGACCGGAACAAGAAAAUAAAUGCCAUCAAAAGUUACAAAGCAGAAUUAUAUAAAUUGCUAUAUCUCUAUCUACAUACAUAAACAAGUACGUUAUUUCAAGCCUGUCAAAAGAAUUAAUACAAUUGUAGAAAUCUUGGAUCGUUUUCAAAAAGCGAUCGCCUAAUUAGUGAUCGAUUACCCUAAUUACCCCUGUAAGAUUUUACACAUUUUGCCGCAACCUGCUCAAUAGAUAAAAGCAAACUUUUAAAUGUGUUUUCAAUAAUAAAAUACAUAUAGUAUUGCUU